CAAAGAUUGGAAUAAUCCUCCCCCACUCAAAUUUUCAAACUCCUUUCUUCAUAUUAAACUACAACGCCUCGGCACCAUGUUCCCGCCCGGACGCGGUAACGACAACCUAAACGUAGGUGACAGAUUUGCCAUUAGCCUUUUCAGUACGAGCUUGGUUUUCACAGCAGAAGGAGAGAGGGUGUAUCUCAACGAAUAUAAGGUGAAAAAUGAAAAGCAAAUGUGGGUUUGUCAGAUGAACUCAGACUUUCAAAUUGGCAUGCGAAAUGAGCAUACCGGGUGUUUUAUGGGCUGGAACCGUGACCAAUUUCGAUGUGCCGUACCCCAUCACGAGCCUAGGGAGUGCUUUAUUUUCACGCGGCUUAAGCUAGGCGGGUAUUCAAUAAGGUCCAACCCUCAAAGUGGCACUAAGCGCUGGCCAAUUCAACGUGUCAACAGCAGCAGUCCAGACUUAAAGUUUGGGAAUGAAUGCACCCCAUUCGGACUCCACCAGCUCCAAGAUUCAGUAUUUAGGCGGUUCGAGUGGGUGGUUCCUGGUCGUCUUGCAAGGUCAUCUGCGCCAUACUACGAUGGCGAGGAUUCUGAUGAAGCUAUCAACGAAACCUCAAUCGGAUUCCUAGUCAGCCAUGGGAUAAAUAACAUCAUCAGUUUGAACUCUACGGAGAUAUCGUCGCGGGAGAAGGGUAGGCUUCGUGCUGCCGAAAUCAUGUAUUCGCACAUCAAGGCUCUGGAGUUUACCGCACCCACUCAGGAGCAGUUUGACCAAAUCUGGAAUGCCUACGAAAAAGCGGGGACCACAAUCGUCUAUUGUGGGUAUGGGGAUGGGAGGACUGGAAUGGCUAUUAGUGCGAUUCAACUCUUCGAGGGUCGGAUUCUGAGCGACCUUGAUUACAGGGCAAAUGGCGUACAGUGCCCCAGCCAGAUAGAGGCGUUAGACGUAUUGGGCGAGAGAAUCCAUAGGCGAGCAUCCAUUACUGACUGUAUUUGUCAUUGCUUAAGCUUACCGUUCAAAUAG